AUGCCAGGUCUUCUCCGACACUCUCGCCGAGAAGAUGAACCAGCUGAAGGUCGAGAAGAAGAGGAGCGACGCCUGCUCUACCAGAUGCUCCCGGUGGUGGUGGAGCAGCUCAAGCAGAACAAGCAGGUCCCAGCGGAGAGCUUCGAAAGCGCCACCGUCUACUUCAGCGAUAUUGUCGGCUUCGAAGAGCUCUGCGCCGACAGCUCUCCUCUGCAGAUCGUGCAGCUCCUCAACAUGCAGUACCGGGUGUUCGACUCGAGGCUCGAGCAGUACAACGUGUAUAAAGUGGAGACCAUUGGAGACGCCUACAUGGUCGUGUCCGGCCUGCCCAAGAGGAUAGCAUUUGAUUAG